CUGGAGGUCCUCCUUUCAGCCCUUCUCUCUCCACAGCCGUUACUUUCUCCUUCUUCUUCGCUGUUUUCGGUGGUGUUCUGUCGUUUCACCAUGUCAGGGGCUAACAGAGGUUUAGUGUUUAUCUGUGGACUCGUUUUCUACUCUGCUAUAUUAGCUACAGAGGCGCAAACAUCUACUCCUUCUCCAGCUGAAAUUCCCUGUGCCCUGAGAUCCAACACAAGUUGUGAUGAAUGCCUGAAGAAUGUGACAUGUUUGUGGUGCUCACCAACCAAACAAUGCAUUGACUACCCCGUGAGGAACGUCCUGCCCCCCAGCAGUGUGUGUCCACUGAGUGAUGCACGAUGGGGGGUAUGUUGGGUAAACUUCCAGAUUUUGAUCAUCACCAUGUCAGUGCUGGCCGGUAUCAUUAUCAUCGCCAUUUUUGUUUGCAUCAUCUGCUGCUGCAAGUGUGAGAGGGUCGGAAACAAGAGAGAAGAUGCCAAGGUGGAGCGGCAGAAUCGUGCAAGAAAGGCCCGACAGAAAGAGAGGAGAACAGAAAUGCAGCUGAGGCACGAUGAAAUCAGACACAAAUACGGUCUGGCAAAGGAAAACCCAUACUCCCGUAUGGACGAUCAUUAAGAAGAAUCCUGGAGAUGGUUCCUUUAAAAAAUAAACGGCUUUAGAUUUUCUGACUUCUGCCAGUAAUAGUGGGAUCCAUGUGUAGCAUGUGACAAACUGUGAUUAUCUGAUUUCAGAGCCAAUGUUUGUGAAAGAAGUAAACCAAAAUAGCCAAGAAACACUCCGUCUGCAAGAUGUUUACCCAAUUACUGCACCUAAUGUUUAUGUGUUUACAUGCAAAAGCUCCGCAUUACGCUAUAUUACUCUGUAGUGUAAUUGUAAAUGAUUUAUGGAAACCUUUUUCAGUGAACUUCUAUUUUUAUAGAAGGGCUUUUAUUUAUAAUACUACAAAAUGUGGUGUUGUGAUUCUUACAACUUGCGGGCAGAUCAGUGCUUGUGGUGCUUUACCUUUAAGUAGCAUUGUAAUUGUGUAAUAAUAUGCUGUUUGUGUCUAAAAUGUUUUUCUAAAUUUGCUUUUCAUAUCGUGCCACAUUCUGAAGGUUAUUUGUUAAAUUAUCUGCUGAUAAAUAUCAGAAUCUGAUUUUUUUCUUUUUGUGUAUGACGGACAUAUUUUAACCAAACUAAGUUUGCUGCUGAUGUUAAAAAUAAUACUGAUUUUUUUUUCAGAUAAAUGUGUCUUUUUUUGAAAAGAUUGUUUUAUAAGCAAUUGCAAAAUAUACAAAUAAAAUUCA